UAUUGGAACAUCAAUGGCGCUGGACCCAGCGGUGAAACCCCAGCAAACUUCAACGAUUUCCGAGCAUUCGGAGGAUUUACGAAACCAAUGGUGAAACAAUUCGGACAAUCGGAAAGCAUCUGUGGUGUUAUGGCUAACAGGGACGUCUACUCCACAGGCGCUAAAAAAUUCUUCUCUAUUGCUGAGUCGAAGAACGGUGUGCUCACUGUCGGUGGCCUCAACUGA